AGAACACAAUGGAGAUGAAGAGAGACAUUAGAGUGGAGAAGAAGGAAGACAACAUGUGUACUUCUUUGUUGACUGCUGUUGUUGUUCUCUUCAUGGCUUGUCUUAAACAUUUCUCUUCUGUAUCGUAUUUGAUAGAGCAAUGGCGUUCUUUGGUGUUUCUUUUACUCAAUGUUGUUCUCUUGGCUGUUUACUUUACCUCUAAUCGUCCUGGUGAGAGUACUCAUGGUUUCAAGACUCGUAGAGGAGGAGGUAGAUUGAGAAUGGUGAGAGGGAAGAAGAAAAAGACAAGGGUUGUGGAGGAACCAGCUUGUUCUGACCAAGUAGUUGUUGAGCCAAGAGAAGUGAUCAAGAAGUGUGUUUUAGUGGAGGAGACGAAAAGGGUUUGUCCUGAAAUCGAGGAAACUGUGAAAGAUUGCUUGUUUCGCAAGAAAGAAGUAGACUUUGUUGGAGAUGAAGAUGAAUUCGAGCCAGGGAGGUUAUCGAAUGAAGAAUUGAACGAGAGAGUUGAGGCGUUUAUCACGACGUUUAGAAAACAUUUGGUGCUUGAUGCGCGAAGAGGUAGAGUAGGAGAAACUGACCAGAAGAUGAGAUCAAAAGACUCUGACAUUAGGUUUUUAGGUCAGGAGGUCACUUGUUCGGUUUAAAAGUUUCUGUACGAUUUUUUCUUCUUCUUCUUCUUAAGAUUCAUUUCAGUUUUGUUCGCUCUUUGGCUUUGCUUCUUUUUUGUGGGUUUGAGCUAAUUAAACAGCUCAAAAGAUCGCAUCUUUUAUUUUUGAUGUAAUGUCAUAAGAA